AUCAUCGUCAUCUCUCAAAAUUUUCCAAAUUCUAGCUCCGUCGCGUGCUGUAAUUUCGAUCCCAAGCCCUGACCCAAUACUGGUGCAAAUUUGUGUGUUGCAUAUAUGUAUUGGAGUGGGGAUUAUGGGGUUAUUUAAGAGACUCGCGGGGUUGCUAGGGUUUGGGAGAGACGAAGAGCAGCACCACCACCACCAGGAAGACGCCGCUGCCGAAGCCGCCAUUCCGGCGUCGCCGUCCGGGCCGGCUGCGGCCUCAGCUACAGCUCCACCUCAGCAUCUUCCGCGCAAAGGAUUUAGUGUGCCCGUUCAGGUCCCCGUCGAGCGGGCCCCACCUCCCCCCCUUCUUGUAUUCUGCCCGGCCGGAGACGGCGGUAUUCAGGGAUUGAGAUGGUACGCAAGACGCCUUAGAAUAGAUGAAGAUGGAGAUGUUGCCGAUGAGUUUCUUGAUGAGGUCUUGCCAGACAUGUCGAUGAGCACGGAAGAGCAUAAUAGGCCGUUGCCAAGAUUUGAAGUCAAGUACAGCACUAGACCUGCUAAAGUGAAGAAUCUGGCUCUCUUACCUAAUGGUAAAAUUCAACAUCUUGUGGAACACCAGGGCAGGCUGGAGUGGGUAUAAAUGGCCUUUUGAGAAGCAAUCAAUUACUUUUCCAGACUGGUUUUCAUUCUGUUGAUGGUGGCCCAAGGAUUCUAACACGUAUUGUGUCAUUGAUGCAUUUAGUGGAGAUGAUGAAUUUCGGUAUAUGGACAUUCUUCUUCAACAUAUCUUGUCUGCUUAUAGUUCUUCAGUUUCCAAUGAAAAGAGGAGGAGAAAAUGAAAAAAAAAUGGCCAGUCAAGAAUGCACUUUGUAUUUCCUGAAAAGCUUUGGCAGAACCUCAAAGUUGUACCUUCUCCAUCCAAAUGUGUAGUAUAUACAGGCAUUUAAAGUUGAAAAUUAGGUGCUACAUGUUACUUGACUCUGUUCGUUGCUUUUGUGUGAUGUUUAAUGCAUUUGCUGUGAGUUAGGAUGUG